GAACUUUGACAGCCCAAUCGCUCGGUGCCGGCUUCUCCUGGGCCCCCCAGUACUCACGCAAGCAGGGGGGCUAGAGGCUGCACAGAGCAGCAGGUGCUGAAAGGCAGGGGUCACCUGCCGCUCGGAACCAGGACUCUUGGCAUUGCUUUCCCUCUCAACGCGGGAGAAACGCUGUCGCCUAAUUUCUGAACUGUCCCCCCUGUGCUUAGAGAAGCUUGAAAGUGGAGGAAUUCAGAGCCACAAGGGGCAGUCAGCGCACCCAGAGCGUUGGUCUUUCCGAGCGCCAAGGCUCCUGCUUGUGAAGGGAGAGUUCUCUUCAAAAAGACUUCCAUCCUCCUGCCUUGGCCAAGCAGGCCUCUGAGUUCCAGCCAGGGCCCACAGGACCCAGCUGCAGAGGAUCAGGGUGCAAAAGAGAGGAACGCUGAAGCCCCGCCUGACAGCGGCAUGGAUAACGUUCUCCCAGUGGCCACAGACUUCUCCCCAAACAUCUCCACCAACACUUCGGAGCCCAAUCAGUUCGUGCAGCCAGCCUGGCAAAUUGUGCUGUGGGCAGCUGCCUACACCAUCAUCGUGGUGACUUCCGUGGUGGGCAAUGUGGUGGUGAUGUGGAUCAUCUUGGCCCACAAGAGAAUGAGGACUGUAACCAACUAUUUCCUGGUGAACCUGGCCUUCGCAGAGGCGUCCAUGGCCGCCUUCAACACGGUGGUGAACUUCACCUAUGCCGUCCGCAACGAGUGGUACUACGGCCUAUUCUACUGCAAGUUCCACAACUUCUUCCCCAUCGCGGCUGUCUUCGCCAGCAUCUACUCCAUGACAGCUGUGGCCUUCGAUAGGUACAUGGCCAUCAUCCAUCCGCUCCAGCCUCGCCUGUCAGCCAAGGCUACCAAGGUAGUCAUCUGUGUUAUCUGGGUGCUGGCUCUCCUGCUUGCCUUUCCCCAGGGCUACUACUCAACCACUGAGACCAUGCCCAACAGAGUAGUGUGCAUGAUUGAAUGGCCGGAGCAUCCCCGAAAGAUUUAUGAGAAAGUGUACCACAUCUGUGUGACUGUGCUGAUCUACUUCCUCCCCCUGCUGGUGAUCGGUUAUGCAUACACUGUAGUGGGAAUCACCCUGUGGGCCAGCGAGAUCCCAGGAGACUCCUCGGACCGAUACCAGGAGCAAGUCUCUGCCAAGCGCAAGGUGGUCAAGAUGAUGAUAGUAGUUGUAUGCACCUUUGCCAUCUGUUGGCUGCCCUUCCACAUCUUCUUCCUCCUGCCCUACAUCAACCCGGACCUCUACCUGGAGAAGUUCAUUCAGCAGGUCUACCUGGCCAUCAUGUGGCUGGCCAUGAGCUCCACCAUGUACAAUCCCAUCAUCUACUGCUGCCUCAAUGACAGGUUCCGUCUGGGGUUCAAGCACGCCUUCCGGUGCUGCCCCUUCAUCAGCGCCGGGGACUAUGAGGGACUCGAAAUGAAAUCGACCCGGUACCUCCAGACGCAGGGCAGCGUAUACAAAGUCAGUCGGCUCGAGACCACGGUCUCCACGGUGGUGGGUGCCCACGAGGAAGAGCCGGAGGAUGGCCCCAAGACCACGCCUUCAUCCCUCGACCUGACCUCCAAUGGCUCCUCCCGCAGCGACUCCAAGACCACGGCAGAAAGCUUCAGCUUCUACUCCAGCAUGCUUUCCUAGGCACGAAGCUGUCCCCAGGUGCCACCCACACACCCCCUGCCCCCAGCCAUCUUUGUCUUGCUUCGCAUCAUGCAUUGGUAUUGCCUCAAUCGGAAGGCCAGCGGAAACGCCCUAAUAAUGGGACCUGUGGAAGGGCCGGACUGCUUUAGCUAAAAGCAUUCCAUCCUGGAGUCCAAAACAAACUCCUCCCAUCUUUUCCACCCACCCCCACCCCCGCUCUCCGCCUUCCGAAAAUCAUCACCCUUACAAUGAUGAGAGUGUAAAGGAUGAGUGCGUUGGGCUGAAUUUUCUCCAGAGUCCAUUCCAUGAUUCUACAAGUGACUUAGGCUGCAGGUGAGCCCUCGUUCAGAAUGAACCCUGCAAUUUUCAACCCAUCCCAUGGACCUGUGUCGCUGUAGUCCUUGCCUUACCUUGACAAAGUCAUGGCCAGGCAUGCUCUGAUGGCCAUGGCUUUUCCUGGUGGCUCGCUUCACACCAUGCGUCACACUUCACUGGGUGAGCAAAAACGGAGCCCCAUCAAAUCUGAAUGAAAGAAUGAGCCUUGACUCUAGGCAUCCACGAAAAGAAGACAUCCUUGCCUGCCUCCUUUUUAGCAUCUCAGUAUUUCCUAUGUCGAAGCAUUAGGAGUCCGAAUCGACUGGAAGACAAUGGGCUUGGUUUGUGGGGAGGAGGGACGUGAUGGGAGUGAGAGCCUCUGAACCUUCUGCUUCCUCUUCCUCCUGAUCUUUCUGAGCGACUGACAGAGCAUAGAGCCCGAAUGUCUGUUACAGACGCCCCCUCGGGAGCCGGGGGCUUCGCUUCAGCAGUCGGAAAAAUGGGGCUGAACUAGGUCAUCUAAAUAUCCUUCUGAAUUUUAAUAUUCAAUGAUUCGAUAAUGGCAUGAUUUUGGUUUGCUUGUUUCUUUUAAAAAACAAAAAGGGUGGUUCAAAAACGAAUAGGAGCCACAAGUCCAGUGAUUAAUGCCCAGCUCCUGGAGAUGUAGCAACUGCUACGAAAGCAUGUAAAUAACCACAGCCAUUGUUCUUGCUGAAUCACCCUAAAAUGGUGAAUGCAUUUUGUUAGGGCAUGCUGCAAAUCUGAGUGGUCAUGCCAAGCUCCACACUAGGCUCCCAGUCCCUAUACGGGGCUGUGGCUGGCCUCUGCGGUUGAAGAUGGUAUCAGAGAAGACAAAUGGGAGCCUCCUUCUCUGGCUGUCUUAGGGCAGGGGCACUAACUCAGAUUCUUAAGCGGCAUGCGCUCCAUUGCCCAAUGAGUUACUGAGCACUCAUUGCCCAAUAAAUGUGGUACUGCAGCAAUAUUUAUGGGAAAGGGGGCCCUGGCAUCUACCCUUCAGACUGAACCAUGAUUUCCUGAGCUCCUUGAUGGGGUGGAAUGACUCACCAGCCCCACACGACAAUACGUUUACCCAGACCAGGCACUGAAUGCUUCAGGUCCUUCUACAGCUUUGGGGUUUCUAGAAGGCAAACAUGCAGUUGCUUUGGGUUUCCCAGAUGUGCGCUUUGUCCAAAUGUGGCCAGAAGCAGAAGCAUCCUAUGACAUCUUCCUCAUGGUUUGCGCAUGUCCUAUGUCCAUCUUGUAGAGGGGAGAACAACUCUACCCACAGGGUUUAUAGCCGUUCCAGGCUCUACUGGCUCUCACCUCCUUGGAGCACUGGGAGCAGCUGUAUGACAGCAGUGUAAACCUGAAAAUCCCGUGAGAAAUAUUCUGCACAGGAAUUAAAUAAAGCCAGUGUAAAGCAGCUAUAGGAAUGGACACAUAGAUUAGGAAGACAAAAUCUUUGUGCAAAGCAGUAGUCCUACUUCCAGUAGAGAAGAAUUCCAUGUCUAUAUUAUUUACUUCAGGAGAAGUGCCUAAGGAGAAAGUGUCAAGGAACGGGGGACAGUCUGUCUACAGAAGGACAGCCAGGCUUGAAUUCAGGACUGAUUAAGCACCUGCUCUGGGCUACACCCCGAGCUGUGGACACACAAUUCCUUCCACUCCGGAGGAGCCUGCAGGACUUGCCGUUGCCUGGCAAACUCACCACUCCUGGUGCAGAAAUGGAGGCAACUGAGAAGCAGGUUCUCUACAGCAUUCUAAAAACCACACCCAACAUGGGUGAUCAAGCCAAGAGGCUAAAGCUUUCACGCAGUCUUUGGCAAGGAAAUCCCAGGAUGCUUCCAAAAGAGCCACCAGUCAGCCCAGGAGCCCUACAGUGGGGUGGGUGAGCACCAGCACUGCUCCGUAUUCCUAGGUCCUGGACCGCUUCCAAUGUGAUGACACUUCACCUCAGAGAGAGCCCAGCAGGCUCCAACUCAGCCCUCGGUGGGCACUUAACUUUAAGACAAUCUUGUCAGCUCCCGUGUGUGAAAAACACCAUGAUUUGCACUGUGCAUGGGUCUCAUUCCUAUUAUAGAAAUGUAUCACCCCAUGUGUUUAUCUCAUAAGUGUGUUCCUUGAUGUGUGUCCAAUAGUAAUAGACUAUACGACAUCAUGGGGCCAUCUUUUUUAAUGUUACUUCCCAAAUGUGAGAUCCAGUGGCUGUCGGUGUGUGAUGUAGAUUGUGCCCACCUUCUCCUUCUCGGACCACCUUUCCCAUAGACUCGCUGUAAUUGGGACCGCAGUCAUCAAGGGACUGGGAGAGGGACAUCUGUGGGAAGAGCUCAAGGGCCAGGGUCCUUGUCCUCUUCCCCUCCCACGAGCAGGCUAAGAAAUGAUGAACGUCGUUUCUUAAGAAGGACUGAGUGAAAUCCUGGGGAAGCGGGACUCAGGAGCAGACCUGUUGAGCUAGCUUUUGGGAGAAGAGUCCAAGUGAAACCAGGUAGCUCCCAGGGUCUCUAGGAUUUCCAGCCUGGGAUUUUUAAAGAAUGUCUAACAGAAAUAAACGAUGUGUUUGACCAGCA